CACAUAUCAUGUGCCAGGGCCAUCGAAUCAGGAAAUAUAUGAUACUAACAGACAGGUAAUUCUCAUAGGGGUUUUCCACAGGUAAGUGAAAUAUUCCAUUCACAAGAAAAAAUAUAGGCCUGAUGUUUGGUUUUAGGACAGUCUUCAGGUCAAACAAGUAGCUUUCCAGAGGUGACCUGGGUAGAAUUUUAUCUGGAUUGCUUGCUCUCCUUCGAAAAUUCAUCAAAGGGAUAAACAGGACAUGUUUCUCAAGAAUGGUUCAGCAAAAGUCUAUCAUCUAUCAUCAUUUAUUCCUAUAACUAGUUCUUUUAACGCCUUUAUGUUUCUUCUGUGAAAUGCAAAAGUAGACAAAUUCAUCUGAAUUGAGAUAAAUGCUGUUUAAUACUAAACACUCAAGUCCUUACAGUCUGUUGCGGGACGUUGAUUUCCCCAAAAUGUUAUGUAGUCUGCCCUGCUGAUUCUCUGGAUGUUUGCUGGAAGUUUGCUUGUUUUAACUGCGCAAAGUUUAUUUUUGUGAGUGUGCAUGCUGACUCGAGUUCUGGGUAAAGAGAGGACACCUGGAAACAUGAAGUCUUCCUCUGCUUAGAAAAAUAUUUGUCAUCCGCAAAGAAUGUUCUCAGAUGUUCUUUUGCCCGUAAUGAUACAAUAAUACUAAUUGAGGGUGAUUGAGAAAGUCCCGUGUACUUCUAGAAUUUCUGAUUUUUUAAGCCUUUUACUGUAUGGAAAUUGACUUGUUUGUUAGCACGGCUUCCUUCUCACAACCGUGUGAUGUACAGUAUGUAAAGAAUUAGUUGAAGAAGGCUCGGUUAUCUAUUUAAUGAGAUCAUUUCCUGGUUCUUCUCUCUGUUUCUCCUGCUGCCUGCGCCUCAUUAGUGCCAAAUGCAUUCAUUAGUUCAGCAUCAUUAGCAGUGACACUGUCAGACACCAGAGACCGAUGGAGGUGUGUGUGUUUCAGUGAUGAAAUUCGUCUAAACUGAUCAUUUCUAACCGUGUGCUGGAGAAACUUCAAUGUUUUUAUGACAUGCAGAGAUGUCCAGAAUGGCCCAGCAGUUCAUCUGUUAUUUUGUCCUAGUGGUGACAUCUGCUGGGUAUGUUUGCAUGAAUAACACGUGUGGCCGUACAGGUGUGUGCCCCAGAGGCAGAAACAGUUGGAGAGGAGAUCUCUUUUCAAACCUCGGGCGUUUAUCUAGCUAGCUGAACUAGCUGAACCACCAAUAUACAGUUUCCAGUGUGAGAAUAAGCAGACGCACCAUUUUGGUGUGCUUGUCGUGAUGGUCUUGUGAAUGUUUGUUUCGGUGUGCUUAAGCAACCUCCUUAAAUAUAUAAUUCUGUGUUGUUCUGCUCUCUUUUAUACAACCAUCUAUUCGAUCAGUGCUCACAGGGUUACAUCUGAGUAGAGCAGACUACACCUCUGCUCAGGGCCAAUUUGUUCUCUCGCACACUUGUGCGUCUGUUCUGGUGGAAACCGAUGCGUGUGCGACGGUUUGAUGGACAGCUGAGCACGGGAACUGGCAUAAAAGAGUGUAAAGUUUCAUUGAGGGUUUGAAAUGCUGCGAGCUAAUGAGAGGUGCAGCACUGUGUUGCAUGCACUGCGGGAGUGCAGUUCCCCGUCUGAACGGUCACUCCAAGUCAGAACGUUCUAAUCGUGACCAAGCUCCUGUCUAUGACAGUGCGUCAGUGAUGAGUAGUGAGCUGGAAUCCAGCUCCUUUAUAGACAGUGAGGAGGAUGAAAACGCAAGCAGAUUAAGCAGUUCUACUGAGCGGAGCUCUUCCUCGCAUCUCAUGCGCAGACACAAACGUCGACGACGUAGGCAGAAAGUCACAAAAAUGGACAGGUCCUCAUCCUUCAGUAGUAUAACAGACUCAACUAUGAGCCUCAACAUUAUCACUGUCACACUCAAUAUGGAGAAGUACAACUUCCUGGGUAUCAGUAUAGUGGGUCAAAGUAACGACAGAGGAGAUGGAGGCAUCUAUAUCGGCUCCAUUAUGAAAGGUGGAGCAGUGGCGGCCGACGGCAGGAUCGAGCCUGGAGACAUGCUUUUACAGGUGAAUGACGUGAACUUUGAGAACAUGAGUAAUGAUGAUGCUGUCAGGAUUCUGCGGGAGAUCGUCUCUAAAACCGGGCCAAUAAGUCUAACAGUGGCUAAAUGUUGGGACCCCUCCCCUAGAAGCUACUUUACCAUUCCAAGAGCAGAGCCGGUGAGACCCAUUGACCCUGCUGCUUGGAUCACACACACUACAGCACUUACCGGGCCUUACCCCCAUUACGAUUUUGAUGACCUCCCCCUUAAUGUGUCAAAGACGGACAUGGCAACAAUAGUAAAGGUCAUGCAGUUACCGGACUCAGGCAUAGAGAUCAGAGACCGAAUGUGGCUGAAAAUCACCAUAGCCAAUGCAGUCAUCGGUGCGGAUGUUGUUGACUGGUUGUUCUCUCGGGUGGAGGGUUUUAAAGACCGUCGCGACGCCAGAAAAUAUGCAAGCAGUUUGUUGAAACACAGCUACCUGAGACACACCGUCAACAAAAUCACCUUCUCUGAGCAGUGCUAUUACACCUUUGGAGAUUUGUGCCAAAAUAUGGCUUCUCUGAACCUGAAUGAGGGAUCCAGUGGUGGUGGCUCUGACCAGGAUGGUCUGGCCCCUCUUCCUCCACCGGGCACCAACCCCUGGCCCCUUGGUGGCCAGCCCUACCCUUACCCAGGGUACCCCACCCCCCCACCUGGGUUUCCACCUGGAUACACAGACCCCUGUCACAGCUUCCACGGUGGCAGUGCAGGCAGCCAGCCAAGUGAAGGCAGCAGAAGUAGUGGCUCCAACCCCAGCGCUGGGAAAGAACGAAGGCCCUCCCCUCGAGAGAAGGACCAUAAAGCGUCAUGCUGUAGGGGCAGUGAAUCAGAACUAGGCACAUGGGUUGGAAGACGGGGCGAGAUUGCAGCGAGUCAGCUGAGUCAUCAAAGCCACAGCCGCUCAGCUGUCAGUCAAGGUCACUCUACCCACAGCUACGCCCACCCCGGGUUCGGCCGCGGCCAGUGUCACAGCAUCUCACAGCAUAGCCACACCUCCUUUUCAUAUAGCCACGCCCCCUUUGUUCAACCCAAUCAUCUGUCCUGUGCCCACAGUGACAGAAGUCACGCCUCUUCCUAUGGCCCGCCCGGUUUGCCUCCACCAUACUGCAUUGCUCACCUCGCCCCCAAAGCGGCGGCAAGCAACAGCCCUCCUGGCGCUCCACCCGUUCGGGAGUUAGGAAACGUACCGCCAGAACUCACAGCUAGCCGGCAGUCUUUUCAACACGCCAUGGGCAAUCCUUGUGAAUUUUUCGUCGAUAUCAUGUGACAGGAGAGUGCCUUCAACGUUUUUUGAGGACAAGGCCCGCUUCUUGAUUUUUUGCUACUGAAGAUCCCUGCACUGAGAAUGUAAAGUAUAAACUGAAAGUUCAUUUUAAGUUUAAAGAGCAGUUCAGCCAGAAAUUAAAAUUCUGUUAUAAGCUCAUCCUCAUGGCUGUAAAAAGCAUAAUGUCGCUGUCCUUCCGAACUCUCGGAUGUCCAAAUACGCUGUUUUUCAGGAAAUUUAAAAAACACUAGUUUUUAAAAAUACUAAAUAUUGUGUUGUAAGUUGACAAGCACUUUUUAAUACAUUUUAUUGGUUAGAUAUAUGCAGAACCAAGAGACAAACAAAAAGGAUGACCAGUAAUGGCCCAUUCACACGGUACGCGGUGAGAGGUGGAAUUGCCGCGAGGCAGCCGCCUUCUAAGCCGAUGUGGCUGCCUCUGCCGUUCACAAAAAUAUUAAAUAUUUUUAUCUUCAGCUGCGCCUGCCGCAAAGAGCUGUGCCCGUGGAAGGAUUUUGGUAGCACGAGCACCGCCUCUGCUCCGCCAACGAAGCGACCCACUUUUUGCCGCUUACCGCAUGCUUCUCUUUGAAAAUGAACCGGACUGCCGCGAAAUAUUCAUGAAAUAUGAAAAUACGAGAUUUCAGAAGGACAGCAGCGAUAUGACUUUCUUACAUUGAACACAAUUGUGACCCUGCCUGUGAAAAUCCAGCUAAAAUCUUUUUUUUUGUGAUUUAGUGUUUUCUACAUAAAAUCAUCCUACAUAAUAUAAAGACCAUUGUGUGAAAAUAUAACCUUGACAUCAUUAAUAUUGAUUGAGUAAAGCCAUGUCAAAAAUUAAAUGAAUUUUUAAAAUGAAACUAAUCCCAUAGUUAGGUUGCGACUUUAGACAGGGUCACAAUUGUAUAUGCCGGCCACGUUUUACUACAUAAUGAAAGUGAAAUGAGACUGAGCUCUGUCUAAAUAACUGUUUUCAUGAUAAACAGUUUGUAACAACAUGACGUGAGUACCCGAGGCCAGAAUUUUCCUGUUUGGGUGAACUGGCCUUUAAUGUCCAUCCAAUGUUAAUUAGAUCAGUAAAGGACACUGAAAAAGCACAAUGAGUUCAUUUAACUCUGACGCACAAACCACAACACUACAGCAGCACAAAAAUAGCAAAAGUGACUUUACUGGAAAACGCUUUUAAGCUCUUUUACAUUGUGCCAGGCUGUCUUAAACCCUGCUGCUCUGCAUUUUGCACAAUUCACAAUCCAACCACAAGCAUAACUCUCUAAACAGAGACGUUUUAUAAUGUUAAUGUAUCCAUAAAAGUUUCCAUUCGACUUUCUAUGUAGUAUUCAAAGACAAAGUUGUCCAGUGAUUGACAAUCAGACUUUAUAGUCACAUCUGACAACUUUACACAUUGCUGAAUGUACCGUUUACCAUGAGGUUACAAUUCACAGCCGCCAAACCACUUCAGUAUCUAGGAAGCAUCAUUGAAGUUGUAUUUUCACCCAAUGCUUGGGCAGAUGUUAGAAUAAUUAUUGCAAAAAUAUUCAUCUGGAACUCUUAACGUACAGAGUACAUUUGAAAGAAUAACAAGCGCUUUUCCAACACGACCCGCAUCACGGUGUCCAUUACUGACAGUUCACUGUGUUAAAAUGCAGUAGAGAAUGAUAUUAGAUGAUGUAAGUUAAAAACCUAGGUAAUAUUAAAACCGGCAGGUAGGCUAACCAAAGUCUCUUGGCAAUCGGUGAGUUGUGGUGUGUUCUGAAACUUUUUUUAAUGUUUGGAGGAUUGGGUAUGAUGUUGUUAUGGUGAAAAUGUUGUCCAAGAAACUCAUUGUUGGUUGUCUUGUACAGUCAUUGAGCUGUUUGCCUGAACUGAACAGCAAUGAAACACCUGGUUCAAUGAAUUCAAGCACUUUUACAAUGUAACUGUUCAGCCGUUUAGACAAAAAGCUGAUUGAAAGCAGUUUGCUUUGUUUCUUCACAAAAGAGGAAUAAUAAGUUGUAAAUAUGAUUACAUAUAUAUAUAUAUAUAUAUAUACAUACAUAUAUAUAUAUAUAUAUAUAUAUAAACCUGAGUAAA